AUGUCCAACGACGUAACACCAGGAAUCCUGGAUAAAGGGAAGUCACCCUCCGCCCCAGCUUCUGCAACUUCUGCAGCAUCAACAAUAACGUCAGUAACGCAAGUAUCGCGACCAUUUUUUACAUUGCAAGAACUAUCAUAUUUACAUAGCCAAACCAUACCGUCAACGUUAAAACUACAGUAUGCCAGCACUAAACAACAAAUAUACCAAUUCUUGAAUCAAGCAGUCAAGAUAUUGAAAUUUCCCAUUCGUGUUCUUGCAACCACUAUGAAUUACUACCAACGGUUUUACUUGUUCAAUCAAUUUGAUAUUGCCAAACUGCCCAUGCAAAUUGAAAACUCACCAUAUACUGUUGCCAUAACUUGUUUAUUUCUUGCUAGUAAGGUUGAAGAUUGUAUUAAGAAGCUAAAGGAUGUUCAACAAGUUUGCAAUAAAUUGAGAGAAAUUAAUGAAAACACUCUUGUUGAAACGAAUGGAGUGGGCGUUCCAUUUAUUGACUUACAGCGUAAACAGAUCUUGAGUACCGAGUUCAAGUUGCUACAAAUCACCAAGUUUGACUUCAAUCUAGGGAACAACCCCAGUUUUGCCAUCAAUGUGGAUGAUCUACUCAUACAAUUUUGCAAAAACUUGGGUCUAAACUAUAAGAUAUCCAUGCUUUGUUGGCUCAUCAAUUAUGACAUUAUACAAACUCCAUUGAGUUUAGUUGUGCCACCUCAUUGUAUUGCUUUGGCAAUAAUCAUUAUAAGUUUGAGUCUAAACCCCAAGGACAUGAACUUGCAACACCAUGAGAUUGACGAAGAUGAGGAUGCAGAAGUGGGCAUGAUCAAAAAGAUUUUAAGCGAGUUGGAUUGUAAUGAAUUUCAGUGUCCCGAAACAUUGGUCAAUGAAGCAAUACUUUACAUAUUGGAUUAUUACACACAUCAAUAUGAUCAUAGCAUCUUGCAGGAUUUUUUACCACCAAUUGACCAAGUUACCGGCAAGAAUCAAAUCUUCAAAUUCUUGGAAUUGAAACAAAAGUUCAACAAUGUGGAAAUUUUGAAUGAAAAGAGUUGCAAUUUCAAGUUAAACGAGAAAGAUGAGUAUUUGGCAAAUUGGGAUUAUGGCGUGGCUACGAAAGGGCUGGUUAGGUUCAUGUUGAGUAAUAAGAGAUCGAGGUUUGCUAACGAGCAAGAAACGAAGGAUAAGAGUGAACAAGAGGAAAAGAAGCAGAAACUCGCCGAACAUGAAAAGCUAAGCCAAAGAUUGAUUGAUUGA